GAGCUGAAGUUUCACCCUUGAUAGUCCCAAGGUUUAAAUUAGACACGUAAAUCGAACGUCUCCGCAAUAAGCGUGCAAUUUUUUACAUUUUCCAACGGUCGAUCAGGCGGAGCAAUUAUAGGUCCACCUUAACGUGUGUUGGAUCAUCGUCAACAUCGUUUUCCCCCGAAAAUAAACGAACUGGGGAUGAAAUUAUAGGGAUAAAAACUGCUGGUCGGGGAGAACCGUGUGCGAUGUGUCGGGCUUCAGCCAGUAGCUUCGAAAUGCGAUAGAUAGACAGUGGGGUAAUUAGCGGCUGCUGAUUGGUCACCUUCCUUCUCGAUAUAUCCGAAGCUGGUCGGGGAUGUAGGAACGUAUAAACGUGUUGCGUGAGCGUUCAUGGUGGGGGCUUAUUUACUCGCUAUUCAAACCAUGCCGGGUUGGCCGAUCGACGACGAGACAAGAAACGCCAGUCCGCGUCUGACACUCGUUGCGAUCAGGCGAUGUACCUUGAACGGUAUAUCGAUUCGUUUGUGUUUGCUUGAUCGUUCAUAUUACCGCGGGAACAACAUCGAACUGGUGCUGUGUUGGUUGAGAAAGUGUUGCUAUUUCAGAGAAAGAUAGACAUUUUCUUCGUAAUCCAUUUCAUUUUUCUCGAUUCUCCAUUGUAAACAGAAAGAAAGAAAGAGGAAAAGAGAAACCUCUUUUCUCGAAUUUCCAUUCGAUUCGAUCAUCGUACCAGAGACUACACACGUUGAGACUGGUAAUUCUAUUGGAAACAAUCCAAAACCAAGUUUUUACCGAACGAUUCGCUAAAUCGAUCGAUCGAUCGAUUAGCGAACGGAGGUAACUUAGAACACGUGCACCUCGAGAGUGAUAUGGAACAAGUUGCUCGUACGACGAGGCUCAAUCGUGUGGAGGGACAGUGCGAAGUGAAAGCGCGAAAAUCGAUCGUUUCAAUCUUCGGAGAUCGUCGAUCGACGCGUGAAAUAUACGCUUGAGAACUACGGAGGAGAUCACUUCGGGCCUUCUGGUCCUCGGAGACCUCAUGGCACCCGAUCUUGAAAAAAGGCGGCAAGAACUUAGGAGGACCAACAGUUGCACCUUGGAACAGGGACACGAGCACCUUCAAAUGCUCCUGCAACUUCGAUGCACCGGAAAUGCAUUGAUCGAGCCUUAUCGACACGGUAACAAUGCAGCUGGUCGAUCAUCAGCGGUGACAGGAUCGGUUCAUAGAAGCACCGUCACGUCGAGUAGCCGCGCGCAUUCCGCUUCAAGAAGGAUCAGCCACCAGCAACGCCAGCAACAGCAGUCGCAAUCGCAGCAACAGCAACAGCCUAAGAUAUCCUUAGGAUCUUUACGAAACUCGGAUGAGCACGGAUCAAGAGCCGGCUCGGCACAGGACAGUUGCGAUAGCUCCAACGAUUCCGGCCUCGGCUUCGAGGACCGUCAACAACACCUUACGAACGCAAACGCUUGGAACGGCGCCGGCGAGGAGGAUUCAAAGAGGAGAAAGAUGGACAUUAAGCUGGAGUCCGAGGACGCGAACUUCUCCUUCCCGGAGGUUACACACACGACCAAUCCUGACAGCAAGACGGCCAACAGAGGCUCGUCCAAUGGAAUAGGUGGAUUAGCUACGAUCUCAGGAAAUAGGACAGGAAACGGAGCCACGGGGAGAGUGGUCGAAGUCUCGAGAUCUCGUCCAGCCUUAGGUGUCCUUGCUAAGAGGACUCAGCAGGGUCCUGUUACCCUCACCUCUCAACUGUGUACUGCUUCUACAGAUGGAAAGGUGCAAUUGCAAAUUAUCUGUCAACCCGAGCAGCAGCACAGAGCUCGUUAUCAGACGGAAGGUUCGAGAGGAGCAGUGAAGGAUCGAACCGGAAAUGGAUUCCCAAUUGUUCGUCUCGUUGGUUACGAUAAACCAACUACCCUUCAAGUUUUCAUCGGCACGGAUCUUGGUCGUGUCGCUCCCCAUAUGUUUUACCAAGCUUGCCGUGUAAGCGGCAAAAAUUCAACGCCAUGCAUCGAACGGAAAAUCGACGGUACCAUCGUGAUCGAGGUGGACAUGGAUCCAGCGAAAGACAUGAUGGUCACGUGCGACUGCGUCGGUAUUUUGAAAGAACGGAACGUCGACGUGGAGCACAGAUUCCCUCAGGAAGCCGGAGUGCUUCAAGGACGUAGCAAGAAAAAAUCAACUCGUUGUCGCAUGGUUUUUCGUACUAGAAUCACUCAUCCCGAUGGUAGUUCGGAAACUUUGCAAGUUUGUUCUCAACCGAUAGUCUGCACUCAACCACCGGGAAUACCGGAGAUCUGUAAGAAAUCACUCACAUCGUGUCCAUGUACCGGAGGAUUAGAAUUAUUUAUACUUGGAAAGAAUUUUCUGAAAGAUACUCGCGUAGUAUUUCAACUAGACAACGAUGAUCUAUCGAGUAGUUUGGAGCCGCAUUGGGAGUGCGCGGUUCUACCUGACAAGGAGUUUUUGCAACAAACGCACCUGGUUUGUGUGGUACCUGCAUACAGGCGGCAAGAUCUGGCACCGUCGGAAACAGUUAGCGUAAAAUUGUACGCGGUAUCGUCUGGAAAAACAAGCGAGCCUCAUACUUUCCUUUAUACCGCUGCAUCUACGCCACCCGAACCAUCUGUGGGCAAAGUCGAGUCUAUAACUUCGCCUCUAUCCACUACUAACGGUGAUACUGCUUUAGCAACAUCUCCUGCAGCAGUGUCUCUAACUACAGGUGUAACAUCAAACACUCUGAUUACACAAGCAGCCGCAGGAACAGCGAAUUUCUUAACGACUAUACAGCCACAACAGCCAACAUCUCAAACACCGGAAGCUCUUAAGAGCGAUCCGAGUCCACCACCGGUGACGGCAUCCUCUCAGGUAACACCCGUUAUGAUGUGGGCUGCACAAAGUUCAAAUUGUCAAAAUUCACCGCCUGACGUGAUGAUGCCGCCACCAGCUUUGGUAGCGAAUCCGCUUUUAAAUCGCAGAUCAUCUUCGAAUCUUCAAUUAAUUCUGCCAGAUAAUUUGAAGACCGAGGUACUAGACGAGAAUAGCGAAAACAGUAUGAUUAGCGAAAACAGCAUGCAGAGCAUACCGACGCCGACUGCGAACAGUUCGAAUGGUACCAGCCCGUUGCAACAGCUCGUCGGCGAGAACUCGAGGGAAGCACCUCAGGCUAAUAUGAUUAGGUCGGUUCCUGUGACGGCGAACGGUUCACCUGUGCAAGAGGCGGUCAAUCUCCUCGGCGUGGUAGAUCUAAUGCGAAAUCCACAUCCAUUGUCGUUGGUGUCGACACACCAGAACACCUUCGGAGGUAUGCACGAAACAUCUCAAGUCAAAGUUCUAAGUCCUCAUCAUAUCAAUAAAGAAACUAAUCCGAUGUUGCCGGCAGAAGGCAGUCCUAAUGGAAGUCUUCAGGGCGGCGGUGUUGUUGAUCUUCGCAUGAAGCAUCAUCAGUCGGAGUUCGCUACACUACCAAAUUUUACUGCCACAUCAAACGGACAGCUACCUGCACAGAGUGCCCAUAGCGUAGAAAAAUAUCUCAACCAUAUCGAAUCGAACGUCAAAGAGGCUGAGGGUCAAGAGAAUGGAUUCGUAGGUACCAUACAACAACGAGCUUCCAUUAUUACUACAGGACGCCAGCCUCAGCAAGGACAAGCUUCCAAUAUUUUAGCUUCUUCCCCUCAAGGCGUCAAGUUAGAUACUCUCGUUAACUCUGGCGCCGAAUCUCAUCAAUUGGUGUCCCCUCUGCGUACCGUCAAUCCCAAUAGUAAUACCAUAAUGAGUCAUGUUUCCGCAGUUACUGAUCACGAAACGAUCUCGAGCCCCCAACAAAAUAGAAGUAGUCCACCAAAUAACGUCAAGACGAUUCUCGAAGCUUUCCUGCCGGGUCAAACCGUGACACCUUUGCCGGGGAAUGCCGCAACGUCCGUUCCAUCGCCCGCAUCAGUGGUGUCGGAGCAGGCUAAUGGCGAUAGUUUGCUCACUACUAUCAACGCUGCUCUGUUACCGUCGAUGCAGGAGCCGUCCGUGGCUGCGACCGGUACGUCGAAUUCUAACGUUAGUGUACCAUCUCAUAAUCCGUUACAAGUUACGAACGAGAGUAUGUCGACAGCGGCGGAGCACAUUCCGCAGAUUCCGGGUCUUAUACAACAAGAUGUUGUAGCGAUUCAACAAGUGCAUCAAGUGGAACAGGUUGUCGCACAAGCGCAACAGCAAGUCGAACAGGUUGUCGCUCAGGCACAGCAGCAAGCGGUCCAAGCUGUGCAACAGGCGCAGCAGCAAGUUGUUCAACAUGUGGUGCAGCAUGCGCAAGUUGUCCAGCAGGCUGUACAACAGGUACAAGCGGUACAACAAGUUCAAGUACCGGCUGUUCAGCAGGCCGUCCAGCAAGCAACGCAGGAAGUAGUUCAACAAGCGGUGCAGCAAGCUACGCAGGAAGUUGUACAACAAGUUCAAGCUGUUCAGCAAGCGGUUCAGCAAGCGCAAGCGGCUCAAGCGAUGCAACAGGCGGUGCAACAAGAUAUCGGUUCCAUGUUGAAUCAGCCGGCAGGUUUCGUUGCUGAAGCUAGUUCUGCUCUAGCGAGUGGAGCGGCCCAGGAACCAUCUCAACAAAGGCUAACUAAUUAUGCCGAGCAAGCGAUUAAUAAUGUAAUUACUAACGCUACUCAAGAUAUUAUUAACAAUCGACCUAUUACUACGACAACCGCGCACGCCAUUAUUGCAACGAAGAACAUAUUAAACAGUGUGGCCACUCAAAGCGCGCAAUUAAUGAACAGUGCUAUGGAGGGUAUUUUGCCUAAAUCACCUUCCGGCCAGAAUAAUAUCGUUGAACAAGUGGCGAAUAAAACACCCAACAGUCAAAAUGUAAACCCACCUAUAUCAAAUGCAGCUAAUAGUGCAAACGGUACAACUGUUAGAAAGCAGGAAGAUGGUAUGUUGCCUCAAGAGCUUACCUCGAUGUCAGAGCAUGAUCUGUUAAGCUACAUAAAUCCGAGCUGCUUCGAUCCUCAAAACGGUUUUCUUAUGUAGUACUGCCGUAUUCUUGUCAUUAAAAUAUAAUUGUGUAUUCGAUGUAUCUUAGGAUACAGAGAGAAGGAGUGAGGGAAAGGAAAUGUAUGAGCGAGCCAGCGAGAGAGAGAGAGAGAGAGAGAGAAAGUGAGAGAGAGAGAAAGAGAGAGAACGAAUGAACGAAUGAGAGUAAUUAAUUCCAACCAGUUGAGUAUGAGAGAUAUAGUCUUGGCUCGGUACGAGUUAUAUAUUUGUGCCACAUUGUCGUUUCAGACUUUGUAUGUGAUAGAUAUGAAAUCCGUUUUUAUAUGAUGAAAAUGGACGAAGUUAGCACCACCUUUGUAACAAUUGAAAACUUUUAAUGUUUUAAGUAAGACGGGCGCACAAGAGCGCGACAAUUAGAGUUUUCUUUAUCUUCCUUUUUCUACGAGUUGUCAAAUGUGAUAAUUCAUUUUAUUUAUCUCCAUCAAAUGUCUCUUGCGCAUCCAGGUGCCUUUUCUCUAUUGUAAAGUAUCUACGAUUGGUCUUUCUCAUUGCGGAAAAGGAACAUUGUAAGUACGAUACGUGUGUAUAUGUGUUGUAAUAAUCAACAAUGUACUGACCCCACUCAACUUUAAGUGGAGCCAUCGGAAUUGAGUGUAGCAAAAGUUAUGUUUUUUCACAGUACCUUGAAUUAGAAUCCUACAAGAGUUCAUUAAUACAUUAAAGCAUCUUUUUUUCUUUGACUUGAUUUCAUUCUAACAAAUGAAUCAUCUUGUUGUUUGAUGUCGUUUCUAUUAUAUUAUAUAUUUUUAAGUAUAAUAUAUUUCGUAUGUUGUUUAAUAAAUACAAUUUUUUGUUAACAAUUAAUAUCAAUUAAUAGUAUAUUAUGUGAUUGCGUUGAUGAUGUUAUCGAUAAUUACUAGACAAAUACAAAACAACAGAGAGAUUAUAUUAUAUGUCCAUAUGAAGAAUAAUUAAUACCAUAGAAAUAUAUAUCAUUGAGAUUUAUAUAUAUAUAGAGUGCAUAUAAAUAUAUAUAUAUAUAUAUAUAUUUUUUACGUUUACCCAAAGAGAGGAACAGAUGAUUAGAUGAAGUGAGCUUAUUAAAGAUAUAAACGAAAUCUAUAUGUAUAUAUAGAUUUAUAUUGUAACAUCAUGUUACGUCGGGGUUUUCCCCUUUGUUCAAAAUAAGGGGUGCUAUAUACCGCGUGUAUGAAUACUCGCCAAUAUUAUCUAAUAGAAAACAGAUUUUAUAAUGAAGAUAUUGAAACGUUUAUUGUCGUGAUAUGUCUUUGUAGCAAAGUAUAUAUUUUAUAUCGAGCAUCUAUUCACGUGUCACGUGUUUUAAUGAACCCGUAAAAUAAAUAAGAAGACUAUGAAUGCAUUAAUCAACUAAGCAGAUUAUUAUAUUAUGUGGCAUAUACUUCGUGAAAAUCUUUGUAACAAUUAUUGUACACUGUACGCACAUUUUUAGCAUUGUCAGCCUAAAUAUUGAAAAACAAAAUUCGUAAAUAAUGUAUUAUCGUUUUGUUCCUGUAAGUCGAAUAAAUGUUUCACAGCAUCGCUUUCUCGAUGAUUUUCUCAACUGACAUGGGUAUAGACAUAUAGUAUUAGAUUAUAAAUAAAUCAUGAAACAAUAGAA